UGCUCUCCCGCGCUCGCUCUUUGGCAGCAGAGCAUUCUAAACUCUCUGCUCACUUAGCGGAUUCCUUUGACAAAAAAUAGCAAAGCGGGUCGGCGAGCUAGCACCGAUUGCAAAUGUCUUGGAAGAAUGGGACAGGACCAAUGAGUCUAUAUCAGAACUCAAUGCUCUGCUUGAUGACCCGGAUACUGACCUUGAGCUCAAAUCUCUGGCUAUUGAGGACCUAGAAACAGUCAAGGCUGCUUUGCCAACCAUAUCGGAAAACAUGAAACAGACCCUUGUACCCCGUCACCCUUUCGCAGCGCUUCCUUGCCUUCUUGAGAUACGGCCUGGCGCAGGUGGGGAUGAGGCGGGGCUGUUCGCCUUCGAACUCCUGAGGAUGUAUACUGCAUUUUGCUCUCGUCGUGGGUUUCGGUCCAAUGUCAUUAAGCUCGAAGUGGGAGAUGGCCCGGCGGAGGAUCGGCUGAGUGAAGCAGUAAUGGAAGUUGAGGCGGAUGGGGCUUAUGAGAUGCUCAGAACCGAGUCAGGGGUACACCGUGUGCAGAGAGUUCCAGCAACAGAGACUAAGGGACGUACGCACACCAGUGCUGUGAGCGUGAUGGUUCUUCCUAGCUUCCCAGAGACAGGAGGUGGCAUGGAUAACGCGCUCAACUUUGAUGACCCAAGUAGUGACUACUACGUUGAUCCCCAGGAGGUUCGUAGCGAGAAGAUGCGAGCUGGUGGUGCAGGGGGACAGCACGUGAACAAGACAGAGUCAGCUAUUCGCCUGACUCACAUGCCCACAGGUAUCGUUGUCUCCAUGCAGGAUUCUCGAUCUCAACACGCAAACCGCAAAAAAGCCUGGCAGAUCUUACGCGCCAGAUUAGCCGAGGCGAGGCAAGAAGCUCGUGAACAGGAAGUCGUUGAACUCAGAAGAGGGGUGUUGGGCGGUGUUGCUCGUAUGGGUCGCGGGGACAAAAUUCGCACGUACAAUUAUGGCCAGAAUCGUUGCACAGACCAUCGGAGUGGUAUCACCAUACAUAGUUUGAAUAAUGUUUUGGAUGGUGGUGAAGGCCUCGAAACUGUUAUGGAGAGUGUACGAUCUUGGCUGGUGGACCAAGAAGUGGCAGCCCUGGUUGCUGACGAGCUAGCAAAAGACAAGGAAGCCUCACGCCCCUAA